UUUCUCGCCCGCUACCGGAAAUACGUGUUGUUAUGGCAUCCGAUUGCGUGCUCGGGCACACCAGACCUUACCCUGUUCAUUCCGCUUUUGGUUUGGUGUAACUUCUCUAGAUUCUAUUGAGAUUGAAGUGUAGACUUCAGGGACAGCAGAAGAUGAUAAAACCCAUCACCGCCCACGCCGAAUUCUCACGUCGAGCCUGUGACCGCUAGCCGCUUCUCAGAUCGCCUUCCUUGGUUCAUGAUGUAUCCAAAUCUCGGGUUCCUUUUUGGCAUCGGGGCUCUUUUCCGUCUUGCGUCCGCCUCUUUCGAAGGCAACCUCAACUACCAAUCCCCAUCCGCCCGCUCGUCACACGUCAACCUCGGCCUCUCCCUUCCCCUCAUCACUUCCCGCACGUUGAAACGCUCGUCUGUGGCUUAUCAACCCUCGGAGUUGAACUUUACUCACGGAGUUGCUUCGGGAGACCCUUACCCCAACUCCGUGAUUCUCUGGACUCGCGUAGCGCCCACUGCUGAGUCGGAUAGGAGCAAUGUAACCGUGGCGGGGACGGUCGAGCUCUACAGCCAUGAAACGGAGAAGUACGUCAAGGCAGACGCGAAUCCUAUUUGUAUCGAGUGGAAGAUAUGGGAGUUGCAGAAGGGACACAACGGGACUGUGAAGGGCCCACUAGGACGCAGCGGGAAGGCGUACACAACGAGUGAUAUCGACUUCACAGUCAAGGUCGAAGCUCACGGCUUGAAGCCUUGGACGCUUUACAACUACCAGUUCAACGUCUGCGGCUCCAACAAUUCUAGCCCUGUGGGGAAAACAAAGACUGCUCCGGCCGAGAAUGACGAGGUCGACGAGGUCAAGCUAGCUGUCUUCUCUUGCUCAAACCAUGCCAAGGGCUUCUUCAACGUUUACGGCAAUGCUGCCCGGAAAGACAAGCAUGACUAUGUGGUCCAUCUCGGCGACUACAUAUAUGAAGAUGCUUCAAGCGGUCCGAGAGCACACAAGCCCGCAAACAAGCUGUUCACUCUGUACGACUAUCGGACACGCCAUGGACAGUACCGAACAGACAACGACCUGCAGCUUUUGGCCCAGAACUAUGCGUGGAUUCCCACCUGGGAUGACCACGAAUUUGCCAACAAUGGCUACCGGGACGGCUUCUCCGCGCUUAACAACACCGAAGCCUCCUUUAGGAAUGACGGUCCCUCCAUCAGUGUCGAUACGCGCAAGAUCAACGCUGUGCGCGCCUACUUUGAGUGGAUGCCGAUCCGCCAGGUAGACCUCGACGAUAACUUGCGGAUCUGGCGCAACUUCAAGUUGGGCAAGCUGUUGGAUCUUAUCAUCAUCGAUACUCGUAACUACGAUCGAAGUAUCACCAGUACAGGGAACAAUGAUGCCUAUAUCGAGGCGAUUAGGGAUGAUCCUUCGAGAACGCUAAUGGGAGGCCGCCAAGAGAAGUGGUUCUUUAGGCAGUUGAGCGAAAGUAAGCAGAGAGCGGCAACGUGGAGAGUGGUGGGGAACCAGAUCGUGUUUUCGAGGAUUCUUGACUCCAAAGGAGAACUGACAGGGACCGAUAAUUGGAGUGGGUACGUCGCCAGCAGGAACCGCACCCUUCAGCAUUUGUACGACAACAACAUCUCAGACAACGUCUUUCUGUCCGGCGACAGUCACCAGAACUGGGUUUCUGACCUCGCCUGGCUUGGCACAAAGCCCUAUGAUGCCGCCACCGGCUCGGGAGCCAUCGGCGUCGAGUUCGCAGGAACAGCCGUCACCUCUUCCGGCUCCAGCGGUACCAUUGCCACCGUACAAAAGGCGACCAAGACCAAGGUCGACAACAAUCCAGAGUUGCAAUGGCAAGAAGGGUACUACCGCGGGUACUUCCAUCUAUCAAUCAAGAAGUCCAAGAUCGAUGCCCAGUUCUUUGGUUCGCCCAGCGUAGCCACCCGCAAUGGCUGGGACCUGCCUCUGGCAAAUUUCACCGUGCUUGCUGGUGAUGAUCACUUGCAGAGACCGGUUGGGGGCGGAAGAGUUGAGGCAGGGAGCUUGAAGGGAGGUAAGACGGUGGGGACGAACGUGACGCUUGAUACAAACGGGUGGAAGUGGGAGACGGUAGGGUUUGAGAAGAUGUUUGUGAUAUAAUCUACGACGGCACAGCGUCAGCUGUUCGUCGAAGGUUAACUGUCGCUC